AUGCCGCCGGCGCUGCGCCUGCUCGCCACGGCGCUGGUGGCGCUGCUGCUGCUGUCCUCGGCAGGGGCGCAGGAGACGUGCUGGUCGGGGCCGGCGCCGCGGCGCGGGGCGUGGAUGUCCGUGGCCAGCUUCGGCGGGCGCGGGGACGGGCAGACGCUCAACACGGGCGCGUUCGCGCGCGCCGUGGCCCGCAUCGAGCGCCGCCGCGGGGCGCGGGGCGGCACGCUGCUGUACGUGCCGCCCGGGGUGUGGCUCACGGGCCCCUUCAACCUCACCUCCCACAUGACGCUCUUCCUCGCCCGCGGCGCCGUCAUCCGCGCCACCCAGGACACGUCGAGCUGGCCGCUCAUCGACCCGUUGCCGUCGUACGGGAGAGGGCGCGAGCUGCCUGGCGGGAGAUACCUGAGCUUGAUCCACGGCCAUGGUCUCCAAGACGUCUUCAUCACAGGUGAGAAUGGCACCAUUGACGGCCAAGGCAGCGUGUGGUGGGACAUGUGGAAGAAGCGCACGCUGCCCUUCACGAGGCCGCACCUGCUGGAGCUCAUGUACUCCACCGACGUCGUCGUCUCCAACGUCGUCUUCCAGGACUCGCCGUUUUGGAACAUCCACCCGGUUUACUGCAGCAAUGUAGUGAUAGCAAACGUGACUGUGUUGGCACCGCAUGACUCUCCAAACACAGAUGGAAUCGAUCUAGAUUCAAGCAGCAAUGUCUGCAUUGAGGACUCCUAUAUUUCUGCGGGCGAUGACCUGAUUUCCAUCAAGAGCGGCUGGGACGAGUACGGCAUCGCUUUUGGCCGUCCAAGCUCUGGCAUCACCAUCCGGAGGAUAACCGGGUCCGGGCCAUUUGCUGGCUUUGCAGUUGGAAGCGAGACCUCUGGUGGCGUGGAGAACGUCCUUGUCGAACACCUGAAUCUCUUCGGCAUGGGUGUUGGGAUCCAUAUCAAGACCAACUCAGGAAGGGGAGGAUUCAUCCGGAACAUCACCGUCUCCGAAGUGACAUUGCAUGGAGCUCGGUAUGGUUUGAGGAUCGCCGGUGAUGUUGGGGGUCACCCUGAUGCAUCCUACAACCCAAAUGUGCUUCCUGUUGUCUACAGCGUGACGAUUAAGAAUGUUUGGGGUGAGAACAUCCGGCAAGCUGGGCUGAUACGGGGCAUCAGGAACUCGGUUUUCAGUAACAUAUGCCUCUCAAAUGUAAAGCUCUAUGGCAGUGCAUCCAUCGGGCCAUGGAAAUGCCGAGCCGUCAGUGGCGCUGCACUUGAUGUGCAGCCAUCAAUAUGUACAGAGCUGGCUAGUACAUCUGAGACAGGUUUCUGUACAAGUUAG